GUCGGAGAGCAAGCACCCCUUUUUUGCUUUCCUGUGCAACGCUCAAGCGACCGCGACCACACCGGCCCCGCCAUGUCGAUGGACCCAAUUGACGCCACGCAAGGCAUGCCCAUCUACUGCCGGGCGGCCGUUGCAUGGGAGCCCUCGGAACCCCUGAGCAUCGAGACAGUCGAGGUGGGAGUGCCCAGGCAGGGAGAAGUGCGGGUGAAGAUUCUGCACACGGGCACGUGCCACGUCGACUCGAACACCCUCGAAGGCCUGGACCCGGACAGGGUCUUUCCUUGCAUCUUAGGCCACGAAGGCGCCGGUGUCGUUGAGAGCGUCGGGCCUAAAGUGACACGCUUCAAGCACGGAGAUCACGUGAUCCCCCUGUCCACGCCCCAGUGCAAGGAGUGCCGCUACUGCAAGAACCCGCGUACGAACUUGUGUUCGAAGAUCAGGACGACCCAGGACCGAGGCUUGAUGCCGGAUGGCACAGCACGGUUCAUGUGCCAGGGUCACCGCAUCUACCACUUUAUGGGCAUCAGUACCUUCUGCGAGUACACCGUGGUCUCCGAGUAUUCGCUCUGCAAGAUAAACAUGGCGGCACCGCUGGACAAGGUGUGGCUUCUGGCGUGCGCCGUGCCGCGCGGCUACGGCGCCGCCCUCAACGCGGCCAAGAUCACCAAGGAGAGCCGGGUGGGCAUCUGGGGGCUGGGGGCAGCCGGCCUCUCGGUCGCCAUGGGAGCCAAGGAGCGGGGCGCCAGGACCAUCAUCGGCGUCGACAUCAACGAGUCCAAGUUCCAGCGAGCCAAGGAGUUCGGCUGCACCGAGUGCGUGAACCCGAACACGCUGCCCAAGCCCGUGGUGCAGUACAUGGCCGAGAAGAUGAACGGCGGGCUGGACUUCACAUUCGAAUGCAUCGGCAACGUCUACACUAUGAGGGAGGCCCUGGAGGCGUGUCACGCUGGCUGGGGAGAGUCCGUCAUCCUUGGCGCCGCGCCCACAGACAAGUUGCUCACCACGCUGCCCUCGCAGCUCACCGCCGGCAGGACUUGGCGAGGAUGCGUCUUCGGAGGUUGGAAGAGUGUUGACCAGGUGCCUCAGCUCGUGGACCUCUACAUGAACAAGAAGUUGAAGCUGGACGAGCUCAUAACGCACAGGCUGCACCUGGAGAGAAUCAACGACGCCUUCGCGCUCAUGCAGGGAGGUCUUUGCAUCCGCGCCGUCAUCAGUUUCUAA